AUCCAGAGUACUGCCAUUGCAAGGCAAAAGUUUAUUGAACCCAUCAUGGGGGACAGUAAGCUUUUUGUUUUGCUACUUUUCUAUACCAUCAUCUUUACUGAUGCUCAAGAUGAUGAAGCUGUGUGCCUUUUGGCUAAAAGGUACAAGAGCUUUCACAAGUAUGAGUACCUUUAUGAAACCGAGUCUCUGAACACACUGAAUGGAGCUAUCAACGGACCCAGAGUCAGCUGCAAGGUCGAGAUUGAUGUUCCUGGCACAUGCCACUUCAUUGUGCACACCAAGGAGUGCUCGCUCAGUGAGGUCAUCAGUAUUGAUGCAGAUGGAAACCCAGUCUUUGGACCCAAUGCUGGUACUGAGACCUUCAACACUCAAAUGGAGAAGAACCCAUUAAAGGUCAUUGUAGAAGGUGACAAUGACAUCAAGCUUUUCCCCGAGGAUGAUGAGCUAAUCAACAUCCUGAACAUCAAGAGAGGUAUCAUCUCUGCGCUUGCUGUACCAGUGCUCCAAGAAGACAAGAAUAAGAAAAUGCCUACCAUCUACGGUCUGUGUAAGACUGAUUACACUGUGAACGCCAGGGAAGAUAUUGCCACUGAUGUGACCCUCAACAGGGACUUGUCCAGAUGUGACCAAUUCAGGCCAAUCAAAGACCACACCAGCCCCCUGGCUAUCAUUACAGGCAUGCACUACCCACUUGCUCAGUUGAUCAGAAGCAAACAGACUUGCAGUUACAAAUUUGACAAUGAGCAGAAACACAUGACCUCUGGUGUUUGCACUGAGGACCAUCUCCUUGUGCCUUUUUCUUAUAAGGGGAAGUACGGCGUUACCAGUGUUGGCAAACAGACACUGUCUCUGUUGGAAGUGACUGAGUACAACGAAAGAGUGUUUGAUCACAAAGAGGCCAACAUGAAGACCCUGCACCUUGACGAGAGUAUUGAUAUGAGCCCCAAUCAAGAUAAAAAUGCCAUCCUUGCUGUUCUGAGAGAGCUGUCCGGCCUUUCCCACACCGCCGACGGACAAAAGAGAGCUCACCUGGCGUACAAGCUUGUAGCUGUGAUCCGCAAGAUGAACGCUGAUACACUGUCUGCUGCUUUGCCAGAGGCUCUGGAAAUCUCUCCUUCCCUGACCUACCAAGCUUUGUUCCAGUGUGGCACCCCAGAGUGCAGCGGUGCCUUGAUGCAAGUCUUCAGGACCUUCAAAAGUUCCUCCAGUGAAAUUGACGCUGUGGUCUAUGCCAUGGGAAUGGUGCCCAACCCCUCUCGUGUGCUUGCCAAGGAAAUGCUGGAGAUGGCCAAGUUUAAGUCAAGCAAACUCGUUUACUAUGCUACCAGCAAUGUUGUUCGGAGGCUUUAUAAGGCAGAAGGAAGAGUCACCCCUGAAAUCCAGGCAGUGGCAGAUUAUGCCCUUGAAAAUAUUGGGGACUGCACAGGUGAUCAGGAGCACAUCUAUUUGACUCUAAGGGUUAUUGGAAACAUGGCUGAAGCUGUCGGUGCUGCCAGUCCUGACCUGAAGUCAGCUGUGAUUCAGUGCAUCAACCAACCUGCUGCUUCCACUGAGGUUCAGCAAGCAGCCAUCCAGGUCUUCAGACUGACCCCCCUGCCUGAUGAGGGCAGAACAGUGUUAAUACAGGUGCUCCUGGACAGAACAGCUCCUGUGCAGAAACGUAUUGCUGCUUACCUCAUCCUGAUGAAGGAUCCCGAGGCUGCCGAACUUGCACAGUUGGCCGCAGCUCUAGCCAGUGAAGAAAACCUGCAGGUCAAGAGCUUUGUAACAUCUCACCUUACCAACAUUCUGAGCUCUACCGCACCUGAGACCAAAGAACUGAGGCAGAAAAUUCUUGACACCCUUCAAGGCAAUGAGGUUGGAAAUCUCAUGGAUGCUACUAAGUUUUCUCGUAACUACAAGAUUGGAUCUCUGGAGGGAAACAUGAUCUUUGACAAUGAAAAGAAACUGCCUACGGAAGUCAUGCUUGAAAUGACCCUGAAUGCUUUCGGAUAUGACAUUGACAUGGUUGAGGUUGGUAUGGAAGGUAAGGGCCUUGAGCCAUCUGUUGAGGCUUUGUUUGGUCCUGAAGGUUUUUUCCCUGAUACUGUGCUGAAGACUAUUUACUAUGCUGCUGAUAAGAUGCCUUCCCAAGUGAAUGAGAUCCUCAAGACCAUGAUCCCAGACUUGAAUGAAAGGAAAAGGCAUCAGGGAUCAAAAAAUAUCAUCAAAGAAAUUGGUAAAAAUGUUGAGAAGCUAAUCAAGAACCUGAAGACCCAAGAUGCCCCUGAAGCCAUGAUCUACCUGAGGUUGCUAGGUGCUGAACUUGGCUAUCUUAAAACCAAAGAUUUGGAGGAAAUGGCCUACUCUGUGACAAAGGUGGCUGAAAACCUCCUUCGGACAUUCCCAACUGAUUUUGUCAAAAGCCUGUUCUCAAGUGCUGACAAUGAGCUUUUCCUUCAUUACAUCUUCAUGGACAAUGAGUUCUACCUGCCUACUGGUUCAGGUCUUCCACUGAGGGUUGCUUUGUCUGGUACCUUUUCACCGGGUGUUAAAGGAGGACUCAAAAUUAGUCCAGAUAUGAGUGAGAUCGCUUUUGUGCCAUCUGCUGGUGUUGAAUUUGUGACUGAAAUUGGUGCGCACCUCCCGGACUAUGUUCACUCUGGCCUGGAGUUGCACACCAACAUCUACCAUGAGAGUGGUAUAAGAGCCAAAGUUGCGAUGACUCACAAUCAGAUCAAGCUGACCAUCCCAGCUCCUGAAGAGCCAGUUAAGGUUCUCAGUGUGAGUAACUCCAUGGUGUCUGUCAAUGGUGAUGAAACGAAAACCAUUCCUGCUAUGACGGACCAUGUUGAUGUGAAUGUAUGCACACCUCUUUUCCCUGGUGUGGAAUACUGCAAUGUCCUUCGGUACUCAGAUGCCAGGUUCAACGAUGCCUCCCCAUACUUCCCCCUUUCUGGUGACAGCAAAUUUGCUAUUGAGCUGCACCCCACAGCCGAUGUCUCUGAGUACACAGCCACUAUUAACUAUGCAUAUGAGGAGAACAUUGACAAAGUCACAUUUGAUGUAAAAGCUGAAGGAACAACCUUUGAGGCCACAUCCAAGGUCAUGUUCAACAGGAAGGAAUAUACUGUUUCUGCUGAACUCCAAAUCCCUGACUAUGACGUCGAAGCUGGGAUUCGAAUCGGUGCUGCUCACCCUAGCACUAAGAGCAAAGGCACACAUUCCAUCCAGAUUGACUUCAUCAAUAAGAACAUCCCUCAGGCAUCUCUGAUUGGCCUGGUGAAGACAGCAAAGAAAGUUUCUCUGCUGCAGGUUCAGUUGCUGGUCCCAUCUCUUGCGACUGAUGCAAAAGUAACUGCAAGUCUAAAGCGUGACGAGGAACUGACACUGAAGCUUGAAAGUGACCUUAAGUUUUUUGACACAUUGUCUGUGCAGAAACUCAUCCUAAAAUAUGAUCAUGAGAAAGUCGAAGCCCAGAUUAAGUCAGAUGUUAGCUCUAAAACCGAGAACAUUGUUUCCGAACUUGACACCAUCAAGGCAAAAAUCAGAGGCUUCUUGGAUCAGAAUAUUGGGGAGACUAAAACAAGGGUCUGUGAUGUUUUAGCCUCGUCAAUUGAGAUUGCAAAUUCCUAUAUCGUAGCUUCCAAGAUCCCAUAUGUGGAAAACCUAAGGGUUCCUUCCCUCCCUGAGUUUGAGGUGCCUGAGGUGCUGUUUUUAAAUAUUGAGGCAGGUGCAAAGUACCACUUUGGAAAGCGUUACUACACCAUCAGCCUCCCACUGCCCCUUGGUGGCAAAUCGUCUAAGGAUCUGAACUUCCCUCCUGCUCUCACCACACCAAAUUUUGCUGUGCCUCAGCUUGGUCUAAAGAUCGCCUCUAUUAAAGUUCCACUGCCUGAGGUCUUUGUUCCUAAGACCCUGACUUUGUCUCUGCCCACCCUUGGAAAGGCAGAAGUGGCUGGUAAGCUAAACAGCAACCUCUACAAUCUGGAAGCAACUGCGUCUGCUGGCAGAGAUUCUGAUGAGCAUCAAAGCUACUCUGCUAGAGUUGGUGUAACUGGAUCUAGCCCUGUAGAUCUCCUCUCCCUUACAGUUGAAGGAUCAGCCUUGAUUACUGGAACAGUGACUGAUACUCUAAGGGCAGAGGUGAACGGUAUUGUUAAUCACAAGCUCAUUGAUGUCAGAAUCAACUUUGGUGAAGAAAUACAACUAAAGGAGAAAAUCAGCAUAAUAUCAAGCAGCAAGAUUGAAGCCACCAGUCCCUUCAAUGUAAAGUAUUCUUUGGAACAUACAGGCCAAGUGGGAGUCAAUGCAGCAGAGAUCUCUGGAGAUAGCCUCUUAAAAGGAUCCUUUGUGACUGGUCCUAUUGAUGUUGAUGUCAGUCUCAAACAGUCACUUGCUCUCUUCCCAUUUAAGCCAGAGGCAAGAAUGGAUUCGACAUUAAAAGCUACCUCAACCCAUUUCCAGGCUCAGAACAAAAUUUCAGCAAGCUUUGUUAAUGGAGAGCUGUCGGUUGUAUCAAACUCAGUUGCAUUUGACGAUAUGCUGACACACAAUGCUGAGGUUUCUCUCAAGAGAUCAACUUGUGCUCUUAAAUCAGACACUAAGGCAUUGGUUCUGGGGCUGAAUAUCCAUAACAUUGCUGAAGCAAACAUUGGUGCUGAGAACAUCGGCAUGAAGAUUGAAACAACAACCAGUCAUUCUGAAGACCAUAUUAACUCCCUGAUCAUUGCAACUCUCAAUAAUAAUGGUUUGGUGGUAAAAAGUGAUGCUUCCAUAAAGCUAGCUCAACACACUGCUACUCACAAAGCCAGUGUGACCCUGGACAAAAGUGGUCUGGCUACCAGUGGCACCACCUCAGUGAACAGCCUGCUUACCCUUAAUAAUACCUUCAGUGGUAUCCUUCAUCCUUCUAAAUUUUCUCUAUCAACUGAGACAAAAGGAAAUUUUGAGGGCAUAACUAUUGAUAAUACCAACUCCAUAUCUGCCACAGUGUUUUCCAUAGAUUUAACUUCUAAGUCUCGAGUUGACUUUGCCCACAAUAUAUGGUACAUAUAUGACAUCUCGGUUCAGGCAGAACCUUACACUGUAACUGCUGGUAUGACAAGUCAUUUGAAGUUUGCCUCUGAUACAGACUUGAAAAACAACUGUGAAAUCAAACUUGCAGAUCUGACUGGAAAUGCUAAGUGUAGCACAACUGGAAAACUCAUUGGAGCUCACGUGAGCCAAGACACCGAAAUCGAUAUUAUUGGACUUGGUGUAAGAAUCAACAAUGAUGCACGCUUCAAUUCCCAACAUGUUCGCUUCUCUACUAACCUUCAGGCCACUGCCGCUCCAUUCACCUUUAACUUGCAUGCCCUUGCCAAUGGUGAUGGGGAGUUGUAUCUGUAUGGAAAACAUAGUGCCCAGGUGUACAACAAAGUCCUUCUGAAGGCAGAGCCACUUGCUCUUGCCCAUUCCCAUGAAUGUAGGUUCUCAACUACACAUGAGUUGGACAAGAAUGUCAUUUUUGAGACCAAUUUGGAUAAGAAGGUUGACACCCAGCUGUCACUUUCUGAGCAAUCAGCAUCAGUAACAAUAAAAUCGAAAAUAAACAACAAUGUAUUCAACCAAGACCUCAAAGCUUAUAACAACCAUGAGAAGAUCGGACUGGAAGUGUCUGGAUUAUUCACGUAUAGAGAAAACCAAGAUUUCUCUGUAUCAGCUUUAUUGCAGUAUGAUAAGAACACAGAUAUUCAUAUUAUCAACCUGCCACUUCUGGAAAGUCUGCCAGCCGUCCUGGAGAAGCUCAAAAUCACAUUUGUGACUCUUGUUGAUGCAAUUCAGGAUUACAUAAAAAGAGAGGAAUUUAUUGUCAAGCUUCAGGCCCUUCUACAGCACUUCACUGAUUCUGUAACUGAGUUUAAUCUUGAAGAAAAAGUUGUCCAGCUUAAAAAGAGCCUGAUUACAUUUGCUCAGGACUGUCCAAUCACUACAGAGGACCUGGAGGCUGCUGUGAGUAAACUGAGGACUGUCACACUGGAGGUUAUUGCUGCUUUAAGUACUCGUGUCAGUGAAGCACAGGAAUUGAUUUUGACUGGUGCCUUGUCUGACACAAUUAUGCAGAAGCUAACUUUACUCAAUGAAGAAUAUGACAUCAGGGGUAUACUGCUUGCUGUCAUUGAAGCCAUAGAAAAUGUGAUUCAACAGAUCGAUUUGACUAAACUGGAGGACAGCAGCAUUCCUGUAUUCUAUGGUGUUGAAAACCUGAAUGGCAUUAAAUUGCAUCUACAGGAGUAUGUGACAGACCUGAAGAAUGUGGUGACAGAUUUGGAUAAGGAUCAGUUUGUGGCCCUAAUUCAAAACAUCAUUACAACAACUGAGUUCUACACAGAAUACCUGCUUGCCAAAUUUCCCAGAGUAAAUUUCAGCAAGAUUGCGGCUACACUAAAUCAGCUAAUCACCGAACUAGACAUCAUUGGCAGGUGUAAAGUUAUCUACAGUGGCUUUAGAGAAGUUCUCGUUAAAUAUAAGCUUGACAAGAGGACUGAAGAAUUUUUGAACCACCUUCUGGAACUCAUCAAACAGUUCAAAAUUCAUGAAACAAUCCAAGUCUUUGGUAACACUCUGAAAUCAAUUCCGAUUCCUUUCCUACACGUGCUGGAGGAUGCCUACACCUACCUGAAGACAAGUGACAUAAGGCACAUGAUUGAUGAUUUGAAUAAAUUAAUUGAGGCUUUUGUUAAAUCAGUGAAGUCAUUUGAAUACAAUACAUUUGUAGAUGAGGCCAAUCAAAAACUUAGUGAGUAUACAGCAGAACUUAACAACAUUAUCGUGUCUCUUGAGAUUCCCCAGAAACUUGAGGCAACUAGAGUAUUCAUUAACUAUGCCCUGUCACCUGUAUCUGCUUUCUUGGAAGACCUAAGAUCAGCCACAGUCUCAGAUGUCAUUGAAGCAGGGAAAAAUCUCAUCGACAUUGUUGUCCUUAAUAACGUUAAGACACUUGCUGAGAAAUUCAAGCAGAGCAUUAUUGAUGUGGACAUCAGAGAAGAACUGCUACAGGCUUUGCAGCAAGUGAGCGAUAUCUAUAACAAGGUUUUGGCUGUGCUCACUAAUGCAUUUAACGACUAUGUUGAGGUGGCCACAAAAAUCCUUGGUGAUCAACAAAUUUUCACCGAGCUGAAGCAAAUCAACGACAAUGUUGUCAAAGUCCUCAAGACAUCUGAAAUUGAGAUACCCUCCUUCACCGUCCCACUCACUGACUUGGUUCUUCCUUCCAGGAAAUUCAGUUUGCAGCAACUUCAAGAGGCUGAGUUCCCUGGAGAGUUUAACCUUCCACAGUUCACCAUUCUGGGAUCCUACACUGUGCCAGCAAUCACCGUCACUUAUGAUGAUAUCAAGCAAACUCUCAUAGAACUCGCUGACUUCAUUAUCAACUACAAUAUUGAGAUAUUUGAUACUAAUGUUUACAUUGAAAAACUCACAGUGAACUUGCCUGAUCUCUCUACCUUCACACUGCCAGUGCUUACUUUACCACAUAUUUCCCUGCCUGCCAUCCCUAAAUUAAAUGAUAAGCACAUUCUUGACAUCCCUCUUCAGAUUCCUGAGAUCAAGCUGCCAAAAAUCCCCAGUAGACUGAUUUUGCCUACGCUCGGAAAGCUCCAGGGCAAGCUCAGCAUCAAGUGCCCCAUUUACACCCUGAGCACCUUAGUUGAAUUUCAGAAUUCCACUGACAGUGAACAAAAGCAUCACUUUAUAGCACAUUUCAAUUCUGUGGGGGAAUCUUCAAGCCUUAAGAUUCUAAACUAUAGUCUAGAUGCCACUAUGCGAUUUGGUGUUCCAAGAUUGAGCCGUGUGAUUAUUGCUGAUACUCUAAAGUUCAUACAUAGUGCCCUUACUGUUGAACACAAGGCCUCACUAACAUUAUAUGGACUCUCUGCCCAGGGCACUGCCCAAACAAAUGUAAGGGUGACUACCACACCUUACACAGCAGGCGUCAAUAACAAUGCAUUCUUUGCAGUGGAAGGUGGAAUGUCAGCAACUUCUGAUUCAACCUACACGCACACAGUGAACAUUCCCUUCUUAUCACUGACCAGUGAGGCUUCUCUGACCCAGUCAGUACGUGUUGGGCAGAAGGACACCCAGAUUCAACUGACCGUCGGAAAUGUAGGCAAAGGCACGUUCUCUCUUUCAGACUACUCGGAUGAGGGCACCCACAAGAGUGAACUGCACUGCACUAUUGAGCCAAGAGCAACAAAAUUGAGCUUUACUAGUGACAUUGAUAGCGCCACCCUAAAGUUGAAGGAGACACUGUAUGUUGAGGCAGCUACACUAAAAUUCAUUAACUUCAGUGGUCAAAUUGAGACUAAAUCGCCAUUCAUCAAAAACAGUGUAGUUGUAGCAUCUGGAAGAGCUCAUCUUCUUCCCAUGAGGGCAGAACUGGUAGCAACACAUGACACAGAGCUUGUGGGAGCUCUAAGUGGAAACCUAUAUAAUGACAUUAAUAUCAAGAUACGUCCUGUUGAGAUCGUUGCUGUUUUCCAGAACAAAGGCAAUGGCAAAGUAAAUUUUCAGGAAUCUCUUUCCACCAAAUUUGACCUUCAGAAUAACUAUUCUCUUAUUCUCAACACCACUGUGCAGCAUAUCGAAACGGCAGCGUCUGUGCACUUCAGCCAGCACAAAUAUAGCUAUAACAUUACAAUUCACAACAACAAUCUUGAGGCAGGAAUUUACGCUGCUGUAAAUGGUGUGACUGACCUGGAGUUUCUAACUGUUCCUAUUAGCAUUCCAGAAAUUGCUAUACCAGUCAUUGAUUUAAAAAUCUCAGCUAUCAAUGUUGCCAACUUGUAUGACAGUAGCGGCCUUAAAUACCUUUAUACAACCAAGCCGACCGUUGAUGUAAAUGCAAAAAUUGUGUACGAAAAGAGUAGGUUUGCACCAGCCAUUGAUCUUGGUUUCAUAAGUGUUCCUGUUGUAGGCAACUUAAUCUCUGAGACGUCUUUCAAGUCUUCUAUUUUCAACCUAAUUACUAGUGCUGGAAUAUAUAGAGAUAAUGACCUUGUCAUCCGCAUUGCUGCUACUUCUACCUCUGUGUUUAAAGAAUUGAAGGCCAAACUUGAGGGUACAAGCAGCCUCAGCUUAAAAAAAGGACUGAAACUGGCGAAUGCUUUAUCUCUGAAGAAUGAUUACAUUUAUGGAUCCCAUAACAGCUCUUUGACAGUGAACGGAGAAAAUUUGGAAGCUGCAGUAGCUGUAACUACAGUUGCAAACAUGAAGCUCUCUAUCCUUGACAUUGAAGUUAACCACAAACUGCUUGCAGACAUCAAAACCGUUCCAAGUGCAGCAUCUACACUAAUAAUCAAACACAAAUUUGACGUUCCCAUUAUUAAGGCUGUCGGUAGCGGUAAUGUUGAACACACUUUGAAGGUAGAUGGAGUUGCUCCCCACAUCGAGUCCACCACAACGGGUGCGAUUGAAGGAACGUUUCUGGAAACUGGCAUUGUGAAGGGAGCUUUGAAUAAUGAGGCAUCCGUGUACGUGAUUGGUGAAGUACUGCGUUCCAAACUGAAGACUAUUGGUAAUGUAAAUGUUAAUCAUGGAGAUUUCAAAGUAGAGUUUGAUGUCAAUGAAAACUUUGACAUGGAGUCAGCGCUUAGCCGUGUGUACACGGUCAUAAAUAUUGUUUCCAACAACGAAGUCAACGUUGCAACCUUCAACACAAAGGGUAAGCACACUGCCAAAGCCACUGUUGACUUGGUUCCGUUGAGCUCCUUUGUCGCCGAUGUAGAAUUUGACCUGUCACAGCCAACCACUCUUGGUGAUUUCACCAUCUAUGAGAAGACAGUUGUGGACUUGACUCUCUUCAAGCAGAAGAUUUCCUAUAGCACAAAAAUGGUUUCUCCAGUAUAUACCACAAAUCUUGUGGUUGAGGUGGAAGGAGGUGCCCCAAUCUUCAAAGUUGUUUUCAAGUCCUCAGCCAAAUCUCCAGCUGUACUCCUGGAAUAUGAUCUUGAUAGUUAUCUCAGUACUGCCGUGGAAAAUGAAGUCCUGAACGCAAGAGCUAAGGCUUCCCUUGAACAUAACGAUUUCACCAUAGACUUCAACAGUGUUUUUACUCCAAGUGCUCCCAGCCAUACGCUGAAUGUUGACAUCACCAGCCUGACGUUUACCGAUGUGAACCUUCGUUAUGCUGCUCAGAGAGGGGGAGUGACUGCCUCAAUUUCCUCACCAUCGACCGGCUUCCUUGGUUUUCAGCUCCAGGGCAAGAUUGCAUCUCAGUUGACUUCACGCCUCUAUGGCCGAUAUGUGUCUGCACCUGAAAAUGAUAUUGACAUCCUGAAUGUCAGUGUUACUGCAAAUGGAGAUGAAAAAAUACAUUUCCAGGCUGACUGCAACCUGGAAGCACCCUCAGAGAUGUUCCGGGGCCUGAAAAAGAGAUUGCCUCUUAUCACCUCUGCUAUUACCAAAUUUGCAGAUAAAUACGGUUUUGUUGGUGCCGCCAACCGACUGAGGACAGUUCUUGCCAGUGCACUAACUGAGGCCUACACUAUUUCAAACAAUCAUACACCCGAUCUUAGCCAGCUUUCUGUUUUAUUCAGAAAUGUUGUUGUUCAGCACCAGAAGGCCAUUCAGCAGCUACUAAAUGCUUUUGUCACCUUCUUGAGGGAGACCCAGAUUACGCUGCCUGGUAUCGGUAAGGAAACGACACUGCCUGAGAUCUGCCAGCAAAUCAAAAACAGUAUUGUUGUAGUGUUUGAACAAGUCAUUAGUGCGAUCACUGACAACCUGAAAGCCCACGUCUUACCCACUGUUAAGACCAUCAAGAUUGUCUUGCCCAAUGGUGCGAUCUUAACUGGAGAUGAAAUCCUUAGUUAUAUAGAAAGUGCCCUGACAGACAGUGUGAAUUUGGUAAAGCAGCUGAAGAGCUUUGAUGUGAUUCUUGAGGAUCUUGGUCAUGCUUUCCAAAAGGUUGUCGAUCAAACACAGGCAUUCAUCGACAUGAUCCGAUCUGAUUUCGUGGAUAACCUUGCUGCAGAAAUCAACACAUUAUACACUUAUUACAUUAGAUUAGUCAAUAGCCUGAUUGAGAACGUUAAUAGUUUUCUGAACACUGGUCGCUUGUACGUCUAUGUUGAUAGCGACGUGGACUUGAUCAUAUUUGUGGUGGAUGGGUUCAAAUAUAUUGUUUAUACAGUUUUUCCAACAUCUCCAGCGGACCUGGUUAAUGUUCAAGAUGGAAGGCUAAAAAUGGACAUUUCUUUUCCCUUCUAUCACUAAACAGUCACUUUGAGGGCGAAAACACUUAUGAAACAUAUGAAACACUACCAACUGCUGUUGAGACUAAACUAAAUCGAGCAUCAUUUGAGCAUGCAUUUAAAGCAGUCAGAACUCUCUUGCAUACAUUAUGAAUAUCCCUUUCAUUUUUGUUUUUCUGCAAACAAGAAAUUAUAUAAAAUAAACCGAAAGCUUAUAUUAAAUCUGUUGGAUAUAAGAUUUUUUUUCUUAAUUUUCCCCUUUCGGGCAGAUUUUGGUAUAGCAAGCUACUUACACAAGAACAUUGUGUAAUGCAAGUUACGCUGGUUUGUUCUCCACCGAACAGAUUAGGCUACAGGUGCCAUUCAGAGACAAUUCAGGGAUGUGUCCCAAGCUGCACAAUACAAAGUAAGAGGUAUGCCUAAAUAGUAACACCAACUGGUAUUGACAAACCAGUUUGUUUGGUAGUAUGCAUUCUUGAAUCUGGAUCGAGUAUUUACAACACUGAGGAUAUACUUAUCUGAAAAAAACAAACAUUAAUGUGAGUACCAGAUGAAAAUGUAAAAGCUUAUGUUUUGUUUGUGUGGGCUCAUAUUUCUCUGCAUCAGAGACAGUUCUGCAGAAGCGCAAUGCAGGUAGAUGCGAACUAGUCCACUAACUCUAGCUAACGAGCUAAAAUUCUAUUCACACCUGACUAUUAGAUUUAAUGUCAUUUGGGUGGGUGGGGGGUUGUAAUACGGCCAUGUACUCUAUUUGUGAUGGCCACAUCAUGGCUUAAUCAAGCUGACUUUUAAAUUGGUUGCUAAAUGCUCUGUUACAAAUAGGCCUGAGGCCUAUUCACCAAUACUAUAUGCCACUGGAGCAUCCAUAGCCCAGAUGGGGCUAGGACAGGGGUUAUAGCAAUGCUUUAAAACAGCUAUAAAUAUCAUUCCCACCGAGCUCCUCAGUCAGAAGUUGCACCUACAAAUGUUUUCUACUUUUGAUUUCUCAGUUUCUAACAUCUGUAUGUCUUAUUAUACACAAAACUAUCCAAGUUAAUAACUUUGCAGGAAUUCUGGAACCUGCUGGGCCUUAAAACAAAGAUGUCAGAUUCUAUGUACUCUAUAUACUCUGUGUAAUCUAUGUACAAAGAUAAUGGCCUGAAUACUUUCUUUUUGCGCUGUCACUAUAAAAAAAUAAAUAAAAUAAUAAUAAAAAAAGUUCCAAUAUGA